AUGGAAAACAUUUCAGAUUUCCUCGACCACCUUUGCGAGGCGGAAGAGCAUCGAGUACAGCUUCUGUGGAAGAGGCUGCUCAAGGACAUCACCGAUGGUGUGGAACGAGGUCUCCCCGAGAUGGAGGGGGCAAAUAAGAUGCCUGACACUGUCGCAAAAGCAAGGGAUCAGUUUCGACUUGAUGCACGCUCACUUCCCACCACCUUGAACGACUUAUCGAUGGAAGACGUCUGUCAAGUCUAUCGGGAAGGAAGUGGGGGUCAGCCGAUGAGAGGGCUACAGUGUAACAACUGGCAGAACGCCAUCUUCCUGUUGGCGGAUGCUCAGGUGCUACAAGAUCCUGAUCUCAGCCUGGUCAAAGUUUUGGACGCGGACUACGACCCUGUUCGUGCUGUGCCCACAAAUCCACGGUAUGGUCCACAGCGAAAUUUUGAAUGGUUGACUAUCCCAACCACAGCCGUUUUGGACUUCUACAAUUAUGUGGACAUGCCCUUCACGUUUGACGAGCUUGAAGAUCUGGCUGGGAAAGAGAGACAUUGGGAUCCAUACGAACAGAAGUGA